CACAUUGACUUAGAUAUGCUAAGUCGAAUGUUUAGCAUAGUUUAUUGCUAGACCAUUUCUUCUUUCUUACACAUCUCUUAUUGCUGCUGAAGAUAAACGCUUCUAAUUUCUAGAGUAAUUUUACAUAUUUUGUCACCAUGGAGUCCAAGAUCUUUUGGAACUUAUAUGCCUUUAUGCUUCUUGUGCUAUGUUCUGGUGCAGCUGCUUAUGACGCAUUGGAUCCGAAAGGAAACAUAACAAUCAAAUGGGAUGUGCUUUCUUGGACCCCUGAUGGUUAUGUGGCAGUGGUGACAAUGAACAAUUUCCAAAUGUAUCGUCCGAUAAUGAGCCCUGGAUGGACUUUAGGAUGGACAUGGGCAAAGAAUGAGGUAAUUUGGGCCAUGUCGGGAGCACAAGCUACUUAUCAAGGGGACUGUUCAAAGUUUAGAUCCAACAUUCCUCAUAGCUGUGAGAAAAAUCCUGCAAUUGUUGAUUUGCUGCCAAAUACCCCUUAUAAUCAGCAAGUUGCUAAUUGCUGCAAGGGUGGCGUUUUAGCAUCGAGGGGAAAGGACCCUUCUGCUUCUCUCUCUGCAUUUCAGAUUAGCGUUGGCGCUGCUGGGACUACAGAUAAAACAGUGAAACUUCCCAAAAAUUUCACUUUGGUGGCUCCAGGUGGUGGCUAUAUUUGUGGUCCUGCAAAAAUUAUCCGUCCCACUUUUUUCAUCACGCCUGAUGGUCGACGAGUAACAAGGGCUUUGAUGACAUGGAGAGUGAUUUGCACUUAUUCUCAGUUCUUAGCCUCUCCGAUACCAACAUGUUGUGUCUCCUUGUCUUCUUUUCACAAUCGAAGUAUCACCCCUUGCCCUUCCUGUUCUUGUGGUUGCCAAAACAGUAGCAACUGUAUCGUGAAGACACCGAGUGGAAAAGGAAUAAGUGUGCUAAAUAAAGUAAAUGAGGCAGUGCUGCAAUGCACAAAACACAUGUGCCCUAUCAAUGUGCAUUGGCAUGUUAAAUCAAACUACAAGAAGUAUUGGAGAGUGAAGAUCACCAUCACAAACUUCAACUAUCGAUUCAACUAUACACAAUGGACACUCGUCGUUCAACAUCCAAACCUCAACAAUGCUACUCAAGUUUCUAGCUUUUUGUACAAGCCUCUCAUGCCCAACCCAUCAACCAAUGAUACUGCCUUGUUUUAUGGAAGAGAAUCAUAUAAUGAUAUCCUGAUGCAAGCUGGACCAAAAGGAAAUGUCCACUCAGAUCUAACACUUCAGAAGGAUGGAAAAACAAUUGCACUAAAGAAAGGAUGGGCUUUCCCUCGGAGGGUCUACUUCAAUGGCAAUCUCUGUGUGAUGCCAUCUCCUGAAUCUUAUCCAUAUCUUCCAAACUCUGCUGGCACCAGAUAAGGAGCAUUGUCCAACUUUUUUUCCCGGAAGGUUGUAACUAGUGAUAAAUAUUCAAGAACAGGAAUGUAAUAUGAGUAUUGACAAAUUCCAGAAGUUGUUGUAGACUUUGAAAAAUAAGGUGUUUAAUCAGAGCACACUGAAACCAUUA